UUGGCUCCCUAGAAAUCAUCAUAGGACCUCAAAUUCAAAGAGUACUCCAAGAGUAGUUCAAAGAAUGGCCUCUGAUGGGCAGAAGCAAUUCCCUCCUCAGAAGCAAGAAACACAGCCAGGCAAAGAGCAUGUUAUGGACCCUACCCCUCAGUUCUCAAGCCCUCAUUAUCAGCCUUCUAACAAGCUCCAAGGAAAGAUAGCGUUGGUUACAGGUGGAGACUCUGGGAUUGGCCGAGCAGUGAGCCACUGUUUUGCUCUAGAAGGCGCAACCGUGGCCUUCACAUACGUGAAGGGUCAUGAAGACAAAGACGCUCAAGACACUUUAAGUAUACUCAAAGAAUCAAAGACCCCAGAUGCCAAAGACCCCAUAGCGGUUGCAGCUGAUCUGGGGUUCAACGUGAAUUGCAAGAGAGUGGUGGAUGAAGUGGUGAAUGCCUAUGGCCGGAUUGAUAUUCUAGUCAACAACGCUGCCGAGCAGUACAGGACGAGCUCUCUAGACGAGAUUGAUGACGAAAGACUUGAGAGGGUUUUCAGGACUAAUAUUUUCUCCCAUUUCUUCUUGACCAGCUGUGUUUUGAAGCACAUGAAGGAAGGGAGUGCCAUAAUCAACACGACAUCUGUAGUAGCAUACCUGGGAAAUUCAGAGCUGCUGGACUACACAGCCACGAAAGGAGCCAUUCUUGCGUUCACCAGAGGACUUGCUCUCCAGCUUGUAAACAAAGGAAUACGCGUUAAUGGCGUAGCUCCCGGACCAAUAUGGACGCCAUUGGUUCCAGCCUCUUUCAGUGAGGACGAGACAGCUAAGUUUGGCUCGGAAGUGCCCAUGAAGCGAGCUGGCCAGCCUUUUGAGGUUGCACCCUCGUAUGUGUUCCUUGCCUGUAACCACUGCUCCUCUUAUAUGACCGGUCAAGUCCUCCACCCUAAUGGCGGAGCUAUAGUGAAUGGUUGA